UACUUUAUGAGACGAAAUAAGUUUACGUUAGUUUCGUGCUUUAAUCAUAACACUAUGUAAUUAUAUUGCUGUGAUGAUAUUAUUACCUCAUUCGGAACACAACUGUCCGGAUGGCGCGGAGACGUGUUAACAAACGGAAUCAGCAAGACCACGUGUCAUACGUGCAACAGCUUUUCAAAAACUUCCUGGACAGUAACAGGAAACAUCGUUCAAACAUACCACAUGCACAGCCGAACCCGAUUCAACGGCCAGUAGACAGGUUCAAUAUCGAUGUUGAAGACUACCGACCCAACUUGUAUCAGCAGGAAGUGAUGAAAAAUGUUCGUUUGGCACAGAAAAAUCCAACGAACCAACGAAACCUAGUUCAAAAAUCAUCCUAUAACGAUGAUACAUCAUUUGGAGGGGCGUUCAAGAAACCAAAUGCUGUUCCUUCUAAUCCAAUACAGCGAUUUCUUCAGCAGCCUGUCGGUAGGCCUCCAGUAGAUAAGCACUUGAACCAACCGACUUACGCAAGAUUCAAGCGGCAACAAGGUUCAGAUCAGUUCCACAGACGUCCUCCAAGUCCCACAAACAACAAAGGCGGUUUGAUACAGUGGCUCGAAUCUCGAAAGAAGGCAAGAAUAGAGAACGACAUUCUGGCUCGAAAAAACAAACGCCGUAAGGCCGAACAAGACGAAUAUCUCAAUCUACCGGAUGGUUUUUUCUCUGGACAAGAGAUUCAGAUACCGUUUCAGCUCAACAAAACGGCAGCCGACAAAACAAUGACCAGCGUAGCACUGUCUAGAUUUGUUCCACCGAUGGCUUCCACACCAUUCGAGGAACCGGACGUCCUGAGCUCUCCGAUUCUUUCGGAUCCGGAUGAGCUCAUACGUGCUCCGGACAAACAGAAUCAUGCUUCUCAGUAUCAACGUUUCCUCGGACAAGUCGAACGUGAAUUGCAAAAGUUAAACCUGCUUUUCGAUGAAUCCGAAUCAAAGAAACGUUUUCUGUACCGUGAGUCGCAACAGGUCGCUAGAGAGAACCAAUCGAUUCUCACCACUAAGAAACCGGAUAGCUCUAUGAGCGUUUGCUAUGCGACAGCAAAUAAGACUAUCAUGGAGUCUCUAGGACCGACAGUUUACCAAAGUAUAGCGGAAGAUGAUCCAGUCUUGGCGGAGCCCUCCGUAUUAUCUUUGAAGUGUUUUGAUCUCAAAGAGGAAGAAUCUGAUUUGGAAAUGGAUUUUUCUGGAUUUAGUAUGCCUUCGCCAAGUUUAGUUCACACUAAACAAUUUUCGAAUUUGUUUGACAAACUAGAAUCUACAACUGCUAACAACCACGACCAAAUAGCUUGGCGCCAACCUAUGAAAAGGUUUGAAAAACCUAAAAAUCCACUUCUAAGGGAUCUCGCAAGUAUUAUGCGUCCAGAAAAGUUUAGACCACUCUCCCCUUCCCAAACAAUAGAUUUUAGAUUUGAUCAAUCUCAAGAUUAUAAUCCCAAAGAUAAAUUUUGUGAUUUUAAGUCCUUUUCCUCAGAAGAAGUCAAACCAUGCGUGGCUAAUCGGCACCUGAAUGACAGCUUUAUGAACAUGGGAAUGGACUUCCCGAUGAGUCCCGAUAUGGGUCAACCACAAGGGGCGACUGAUUAUUCGACGAAUGGGUACCGAAACUACGAUCUGCAGACACCUUUUACAAACGGUUAUUUUCAAGAUUAUUACAGCUUUCCUAAGGAUGGAAAACCACAAGCGAAAGCAACGGCGUCGGCUGAAAACGAGUUUCUUGAUUUGUUUUACAAGAGAAGCAGCUCGGAUGUCGAUUUUCUUUUCUAAGUUUUUUACCACGUAAUGAAUUAUAAAUAUCUAGCGAAAUUAAAAUUUAGAUCAUCCGUGUUAUGCUUACUGAUCUUUUACGACAAUUUCAGCACUCGUUGCAGAAUGAUUGAUAAUCUGAAUCAACCUUCAGGCUGUCAUUAAGGCAAAUUGUAAGAAGGUACAUCUACUAUAUUAUCAUUUUUGUAAUUCAUAAUAUCGAUACUUUGGUAUGUUUCAUGCGGAUGGAUAAAUCUGCUAGGUUUAAAAUCCCUCAAGACAAUAAUUGAUAAGCAACCCUUUUUCGUUCAACUAAACCUCCGACUUUAUGACAAGGAUAACGACAUAUUUUCGUUGACUCAAACAGAGAUGGUGUACGAUCAAGAUCAGCUUAUCAUCGGCCAAACAAGUUAACUUUUGGCAAGUUCAGGUCACGGAUGUUUGGCUUAAUUGUCUGGCAGACACCUACGGCUUUCUCAAUGAGCUCCAUUAAAACUAAGAACCAACUUGAC